CUUUAUCAUUUUCUUUAUUCAUUUUAGGCAAUGUCGUUGCAAGAUCGAGGUGAAAAUGCGUUACCUGAGAACUGCAGACGACUUGUUCUUCUCGGCUCUAGUAAAGUGGGGAAAUCGGCCAUUGUUUCAAGAUUUAUAUAUGACACAUUUGAUGGUAUAUAUGUGCCAACUGUGGAGAACUUUUACAGGAAGAUUUACAAGAUUCGCGGAGAAGCGUACAGGUUAGACGUCCUCGACACUUCCGGUUUCCACCCAUUUCCAGCCAUGAGAAGAAUAUCAUAUGUGACAGCGGAUAUGUUUUUACUUGUGUUUGACAUCACCAGUCGAGAGUCUUUCGACGAAGCCAAGAAAAUCUUUCAGCAAUUAGAAGAGUAUUGUAGUCAAACGACAUUGAUCCCAUGUCAUCUACCUCCUCCUUUAGUCCUUGUAGGAAACAAAUGUGACCUUACAAAAAUGCGUGCUGUUACCGCGACUGAGAGUUCAACAAUAUUGUCGGGAAGACCAAUGUGUGAUUUCGUGGAAACGUCUGCAAUGUUAAACAUCAAUAUUGAGAAAAUGUUCAUUCGACUGUUUGAACUUGCUAAUUUACCACCAGAAAUGAGCCCUGCACUACAUAGAAAAGUGACACCGUCAUAUCAUGGAACCGGAAGAAACAGAGGUAUUUUUGGGUCAAUCAACCGUAAAAUUAGUGAAGCCUGUGGAGCCGUGCAACCAAACGCCCGACGACCCAGCAUGAGAACAGAUCUCCGCAUGGCUCAAACCAGGGCUAGUUCCUUAGUAUCCCAUAUCAGACGGAGCAGUCCACUUCCGGGGAAGAGACGUUCAAAAUGUGUUAUAUUGUAAAGCUUUGUGCUGUUAAAUGAAUGGUUGAACUUCUUAUGAUACAAAUACAAUAACAAAUACAUUUUAUAGGCUAAAUAUAUUUGUAAACAUUUAAGUUCAAUGUAAAUAAUUACAAACAUCUAAACACUCAACACUCAUUUUUCUCCUAUUGUCUCUUUAAACGGAACACUUCUUUAUGGUUAGUUAUAAAAUGUUUUUGUUUUGUUUGUUUUGUUCUUAUA